AUCAAAUUGUGACAGUUGAGAUUAUUUCAAGUAUUCAAUACUGUAAAUUCAAUUCUUUUCAUAAAUAAAAUGUUAGGUUUUCAGCAGAAACUGAGAAAAUUCUUUGACUAUCUGCAGGUGAAACAGCGUUUGGUGCUCUGCUAUUUUAGUUUGUUGGCCAUCAUAAAUGCGUAUACAAUACGCUAUUGCCUGGACUUUUCACUGAAUCGCAUAGUAAGGGAGUCGAAGACGAAGUCUAUCAAAACUCCAUUAAUUGUGAAACCCACACCUAGAAGAGAGAACCGAAACAUAGUGCCAACUACUGCAAGACAAAGACCUAAACCUCGACAAAGAGCUGGCAGAGAUCAACUUAAAUUAAAUCCACAGCAGUUGAAGCAAACACAAUUCCAUGCACCCGUCAUUACCACCUCCAACUGCUCCGAUGUGUGGACGAAAGAAGUGCAGAUUCUUGUCUCCGCCUCCUUCUAUGCGGGCUACAUGCUCACACACAUUCCAGGCGGACGUCUGGCGGAGCGUUAUGGUGGCAAGUGGAUACUGGGUGCUUCGAUAUUACUUUCGGCAAUUCUAACGCUGCUCACCCCAACCAUAGUGCGUCAUGGUGGUCCUGGUGCCUUGAUGGCCCUCCGAUUGUUAAUAGGCUUCUGCGAGGGUCCCACAUUUCCAGCGGUCAGCGCUUUGCUGGCCCAAUGGGUUCCCGAAAGCGAACGAGGAUUGCUCUGCAGCUGCGUGCUGAGUGGCGGCGAAAUUGGCGUCAUAUUUGUUCACUUGGUUAACGGAUUGGCUCUGGGUGAGGAGGAUUGGGCGAUGGCAUUCUAUGUGGUCGGUAGCGGUGCAAUGCUUUGGUUUGUGGGUUUCGUUCUCGUCUGCUACAGCAAACCGGAUGCCUCGCCAUUUAUACAGAGCUCGGAGCGUGAGUACAUCAAGAGCCAGGUGAGCGACACUUUGAUCACAGAAGCAGAGACAGAAGAAACUGACACUAAUGAAGCGCCUUGGAGCAACAUGCUGCUGAAUGCGCCCAUAUGGGCACUGAUUGCAGCUAAUAUGCAGCACGACUGGAAUCAGCAAGAGAUGGCACAAGAGCUGCAACAGCUGCUGCACCAACUGCAGUCCAAGGGCAGCACGCUGUGGACAGAGCUAGAGUCCAGUUUACGGGUAACUGCACCGCAUCUGUGGAGCUGGCUGGCCUCGCUCACCUCGGGCCAGCUCAGCGAUUAUCUGAUUGCAAACGGGAUCUUGAAUCGCACACAGACACGUUCCCUCAUGUCCUGGCUGGUCUUUGUGAGCAGCUCCAUGUAUUUAGUCUAUGACAAGCAGCAAAGUGCGCGAAUGUGGAGUGUUCUGGCUUUUGGCGCCUACUAUGCGGGCAUCAAGCUGCUGCCCCUGGACAUGAGUCCCAAUUUCGCCGGCACACUGAUGGGCAUCUCCAACGGUCUUGGCUCGCUGCCGGGUCUGUUGUUGCCACUGCUGCAGCAACUGGAGUCGGAGUACGAAAUUGUGGGCAGCAUUCGUGCUGCAUUUUGGUUGAUCUGCGCUGGAUACAUUUCGGGCGAUGUGCAGUCGUAUAAUCAGCGACAGCGACGUAGCAACCAGCCAAUUGUUCAUUAAUUACAAAUGUGUGUUUUCGUAUAUUGUUUGGUUUGUUUUUCGUUUGUUUUUAAAGCUAGGCUAACAUAUUUUAACUAGUUGAAUUAAUAUUAUUAAUGAAUAGUUAGUAGUUAUGUAUACGCUUAACAGAUCGAUUGAAUGCGUUCGAUCGACUUUUCAUUUUUUCAUCGUCUAAAACUAGGAGCACAGGAAAUAACUAAAACAAAGAUUUGACAUAUCUUUUAUAUAACACUGUUUCGACGUGGGAUUGGUUUUUUGUGUUGUGUUUUGUUUUUAUGGUUAUAAGUUUUGUUUUGUGUUGUUGGGAGAAGUUAUUGGUUUGUUGCAACUUAAUUAGCACACGUUAAAUGCCCGCAUCUGCAUCUACCUUCACACAACAUCUUUUUUGUUUACAUGCCUGGCUGGGCAAGGAAACCGGACUGCGCCAUGGCGGAAAUGGUGUUCAUAUCGAUGCCCAU